AUGUUUGCUCGUCGGGCGCUGCUGGGGAGGACCACGGCGCUGAGGUCCGCGCUGGUGGCACGACACCCCGGCUGCGGCAGCAAUGCGCAUGCGUUGCGUUGUGACAGACGGGACUUUGGACAGCUUUUUUCAAAUCUCGCCACGCACUCGCUGCAGGUGCAAGGGUGUGCCUCCCUUAGCACACUCCUUUACUCCCCGCUGGGCACUGUAAUGCUGGUUGUGUUGGCGUACAAUGUGGUGGUCAUCGGCUCGAAGCACGUCAUUUACACCAUGGAAAUUACGGGGAAAGAUUACGUGCAGGAUCAGCAGCUGCAUAUGAUUAUGAAAUAUGGCAUAACGGCAUGCGUCCUUCUUGCGAUGGAGGUCUUAUUUGUGGAGGUUUGA